GGACGGGGCACGAGUCAUGGCCACAGAUCAGAGCCGCUCUAGACGUCUCUGCUACGAGUGAGAGCGGCGCUAUUUCUGAUUCUCAAUGGAUAUGUUACAACUGCGAUUUUGACUUCUCAACGUCAUCUUCUGAACGUUGCUUUUUAGGCACAGAUCGGCUUCAAAUAAAUUGGACGGCAGAAAAUACGAAUGCUACUGUCACACCUGUUCCUCGACCCAUUCCUGCUUGUCCAGACAACAAAACGUUUACACAAUGUGGUACUGCGUGUCCACUAACUUGUGCUGACCCUAAUCCAAGAAUUUGUAUCACACUGUGUGUUCCUGGAUGCUUCUGUAAGAGUGGCAUGCUUUUGAAUGACUUAAAUGAAUGCGUGUCACCAGAUCAAUGUCCCGGUGCUUGUCCUGAUGGUGAAGUGUUUACAGAAUGUAGCACAUCUUGUCCGCUCAUAUGUAACGAACUUGGUUUUGGGCCAAGUGCAUGCACAACUGUAUGCGUGCGUGGCUGUUUCUGUCGUGAUGGCUUGUAUCGGAAUUCUCGGAAUGAAUGCGUGCCUCUAGGCCAAUGUCCUCCUCCUCCUCCAAUGACACCCUCUCCUUUGCCAAGUGUCUGUCCUGAUGGUGAAGUGUUCACGAAGUGUGGCACAGCUUGCCCGCUCAGAUGUGACAAAAUUGGUUCUGAGCCAUAUGCGUGCCCAGCCAUAUGCGUCGUUGGCUGUUUCUGUCCUGAUGGCUUGUACCGGAAUGCUCGGAAUGAAUGCGUGCCUCAAGACCAAUGUCCUUCUCCUCCAAAGUGUCCGAAUGGCUCAGUUUACGAUACCUGUGGAACAGCAUGUCCAUUGACUUGUGAUAGUCCUCAUCCCAGGAUAUGCACCAGGCAGUGUGUGCGUGGCUGUUUCUGUCCCACAGGAAUGCUGCAGAGAAACACUACGUGUGUUACACCUGAUGAGUGCAACAUGUGUCAUUACAAUGGUAGGACAUAUCGUAAAGGAGAGGGAUUUAAUUCUACUGAUGGGUGCAACAGAUGUAUUUGUCUUGAAGGCCAUGUUGCAUGUACAAGGAAGGCAUGUCCAGUGUUACCUCCACUGUUGUGUCCAAAUGGCAAAGAGUACAGAGAGUGUGGCACCGCGUGCCCACAGACCUGUCAAAAAGGGCCGUUGAUUUGCACUCUCCAGUGUGUACGUGGCUGCUUUUGUCCACGUGGUCUUGUAGAACACAAUGGUCAAUGCAUCAAGCCAAGCAAGUGUCCACGACAAGAGACACCCUGCGAUCAGUUGAGGAACAAUCAGACAACUACGUGUCAUGGACUCAUUGGUUGCUUUGUCACUUCUUGUGAACCCGAUGGCUCAUUCAGUAGUCAACAGUGUCAUCCAUCAACUGGUUACUGCUAUUGUGUGGAUGAUUCUGGUAACAAAUUGGAAGGUACAGAUACGGCUCCAUAUCUUGUUUCAACACUGGAUUGCACGAAACCAGUUGUUGCUGUAUCGACAUUUGCUCAAGCUAAGCCAACUCCUAGUCCAUCUAUUUGUCCCAUGAAUAAAACAUUUGGUUGUGGAUCAGCUUGCCCGCUUACUUGCUCUUAUCCAAGUGUGAGGGUGUGCACAAAAGAAUGUGUUUUCGACUGCAAUUGUCCACGUGGUUUGUUGGACGUUGGUGAUGUAUGUGUUACUCAAAAUAGUUGUUCAGGUCUUUCCAGUGGAUGUGAGCUUGUCAAGGGAAAGAAAGAAUUGAUCUACUUCAAUGGAUGUCGCAGUGUGCGGAGAGUUGUUAUUCCCAAGUGCAUGGGACAGUGCACGGUUGAAGGUUCAAGAGCACGGUGUCGAGCUACCAAUGGAUUGAAGCAGCAAAUGAUGGCAUUUCGGUGUAAACCUAAAGAGAAAGGAGCCAAAAAGUAUACGACCACCAUGCCAAUUGCUGUGGCUGAAAGUUGCAGUUGCUCUGUUGUGUAAGAGUGGAUCAAAGACAGAUGGUGAACAUGAACUUGUGGUAACAUUUUGUUCUUCAAUGCCUUCUUUGUACUAUGUGUGACUGUAAGCUGCUUUGUAGUUUGACUGAUUUUGUUGACUUUACUGAGGUUUGAUUUUGAGAUUCAGUCAAUAACACUUGUGCACAAAAUAUUAUAAUCAA